CGCUCCAUUCCGGAUGUAUGUUGUAGAUAGACGGGCUACGUCCCCGACGCCGUUAGCCUGCACGUUGCAAAGGUUCAAAGUUUGAUUUCACGUUUUUUGCCCUUCUCCUUCGGCCUACUCCUCCUGCUCCUCUCGGGAGCUUUGUUUCUCUUGUGCUUGGAUACUGCGCAGACUUAAGCAUUGGAUAUGUGUACACAGGAUGAUGACAACCCCUUUCCUCCCCGUAGAAGUAAAUUGAAAUAGGCUUUCGCACACACUGGAUUUGCUGCUGUCGUUCCAUAUGAAGAAGCCAAAAAUUUGGAUACGCCUCUGUGUCCAUGUACUGCUGUUCAUCACGCUCGGGGUACAUUCAAGCAGAUUUGACAUCAACCCAGUGACAGAUGACAUCUCUAGACUCUCUAUUCUGAGACAAAAUAUUCCUGAAGAUUACAAAAUUCCUGUACAUUACGUUCUGAGGGAAAAGGGAGGGAUGUGUUGGGUGAAAUUAAACGUCUUCUACUUGGAGGAGAGCUUAAAAGGUUUAGCACAUACGUUUGGAAACAUUUCCUCCAACAGAAAAGAUAUUAGCAUAUUCAUCCAAAUGUUCCAAGAACUGCGGCUCAACAUGGGCUCUUUGGAACUGAUCAUGUACGACUUUGAGUGCCACUACAGGCAAGAGAGGUGGCAGACGGCACAGUACUUUGACUUUGUCAAAGACUUCCUUAGAGCUGCACAGAAUAAAGAAGAUUCCGAUGACUGCGACCCUCCUCCCUGUCCCACAACACCAUACGCAGUAACAACAGCAGAUUAUUUAAAUGAUUCUGAAACGAGAGCCCUGUCUGCGGUGGUGGAGCAAAGCUUUCUCUCCUUACUGUUCAUUCCACUCCUAGCGCUCAUAUUGCUGCUUGUGUGGAAGGUUCGAUGCUGUAGGAACGAGGAGGAUCUGGAACAAAGUCAUGGAGAAGGUGGACUCUUCCCAGGAGCCAAAGCAACUGCAACUCCACUAGACACUGAAAUAUCAGAAAAAAACAUGUUGAACGUCAUUAAAAUCGAGUAACGGUGCUGCAUCCCACCCACCUCUUGGUGAGAUUUUGAAAAUCCAAAGCAAAUCCUCUAGCAGCUGCGCUCUGAAACCUCCCUCCACACACGUUUCUCUCGUUCCCCCGUUGGUGUUCAGACCAAAACCCAUGAAGCCGAUUUCCAUUGCGCCAUCGCAAAGUAACAAGGUACCCGGCUUGUUUUCGACUUCUCCCGCAGACCGGCGGUCACACACGCGCAACCGAGACCCCAUUCGGAGGAGCCGUGCGGAUGAGCUACGACUUUCAUGUAAGACUGCAUUAACCUCGUGCUUCUGAAAAAGACUAAGAUUUAAGCGGAGUGUAACCCCCGAUUUCCACCAAAUGCGGAACGGCUGCGGAACGGCUAAGCUGCGUGACAGCUCCGCGUUCCGUCGUCCGUCAAUACCCACCAGGUCCGGAUUUGUUGCGGAACGGCUGCGGCCAUGAUUGACAUCUGACGUCACGAGGUCCCAUGUAAUCUCGCGAAUUCUGGUGUGAUCGUGCAAUAUGUAGUUUCUAUCAACUUAAAAAAACUUAAACAGGCCUGUCUCCGCCCAUUAUGACGUUUUCAAGGUGUAGUGUAGGGAAAUAUGAUCCGCCAUAAGCACGGUGUAUUUCAUUUUGAAAAUUAAAUGGAUCAUUUAUUUUGUUUCUGACUGUUCGGUUGUUUUGCUUAACUUCCUGUCCUGCGUACUCUGCACUGUAGUGCUGCGCAGCGCUCCGGCAUCCGGCAAAAAUAGAAGCUCUGCGUAUUUGCUCCGGAGGGCUGCGGAUCGCCGGAGUCGGAACGCGGCCGUCCCGCAGUCAGUGGAAAUACACACAUUGAAUUUAAUGGAAACCUUUUGACUCCGCCGCCGUGCCGGAGCCGUUACGCAGCCGUUACGGAGUUGGUGGAAAUUGAGGGUCACCCGCCCCACUUCCCCACCACCACCCCCCACCGACUUGGCUCCCGCAGAUUGUCCUGCAGAACUUGCUGCUCCAUAAACCUCCCCCACACCCCUCCCACACUACUCCACCCUUCAGCAACAGUCUGCAUGUGGGGGGGGUUUCGGACCCGGUGGUCUACAAAGUGGCGCUUCAACAAAGAAGGGUGACGGACACUCGCCCCCUUUUGUGAACAAGUUACAUACCCUCGUAUGAUGUUGUUGUUGGUUAACGUGACUCUGAUGGUUUUGGUUGAGUGAAUGGAUCACAAGUGUGUUUAAAUGACUACAUUACAGAAAAUCUUCAAACACAAAAUCCCACCCAUCAGCUCAUUCUUCCUCAUUUUGCCUUUGUCAGUCUUACGUCUCGCAUAAUAAAACUCACUAAAGACAAUAUGACAAAGCUAGCUACUCCAUGCAUCAUGAUUGAAGUGCUAAUGCCAUUCUGAAGGAUGAAAUCUUACAGACCUUAUUUGUUAUUAUUAUUUGUUCUCACAAUGCUCGCCAGGUAGGAACGCCAUGUAGACUAGUACAGGGAUCCAUGUGAAGGGCAGAAUAAUAAAUGUCAGCUAAAUCCAAACAGUUGCCGCUUGGUUGCGCAACCCACGAUAUAAAAUCUGUAGAAAGUGAGAAAGAACUGGUUCCUGGACGACGUAGUGGUGCCCCUCCCUGCCUUUAUACACUCACAUCUGAUAAGUUCGCUGCCAACAGUGCUCCAUAUCUCACUGAUAACAGAUCCCAACGGGUUAAAGGCAUUUAAACUAUGGCAAGCAGUUUAGGCUCUUGUAAGCUAAGUUUGAGUUUACGAGUUUAUCGCAACAGCGGCUCCGGCGCCAGUCUGCGACAAACGCUGCGCUUUCAUUAGGGAGGCUCUGCGGACGUGGCUUUGUGAAGACGCCUUGGGAGCAGAGCUUUGACCGGGGACGAAAAUGACAUGUCAUGUUUGUGGUCUUACAUUGUACCAUAUCCAUUUCUUUGUUCUGUGCCUUGUUGGAUUAGUUUGAUUGACUCGUAGAUGUAGAAAGAAAAGCCUCUCUAUGUUUCUGUGUGGUAGCAUGACGUGGUGAGGCCUUGCAGGUUAGUUUGAUAACAGACACGUUCCCCAAACUUUCUAUUUUUUCUUAAGAUUUAGAUUUUUUUUUUGUUUGAGCUGAUAUCAAUGUAGUUGGUUGACUUGUGCCCGGUUAGGAUUAGGAAGACGGUUUUCUGAAAAAGCUCAUUAGCAGACUAAUCUAUAGUGGUUAGGACAUUUCUUUUCACACAACUUUACAUGUUAUCCUUUUGCAACCUUUAAGAAACAGUCUGUGGGUUUGGGACUUAGGAGGAGUAUUCUGUGCAAAAUUGAAUCUGGGUUUGAAAGCUGCAACAGGUCUAACCUGUGAACAAAAACAAGAGAGAAUGUGAAAAGGAAGAGCCUGUUCCCCAAAUUGACUGACAAGUGGGCUAGUGCAUUCCUUGUUUGGGACAGGGCACAGAAUAUAUAUGUAACCGCCUAAAGGUGAACCUUAAUGUCAGCACUUGAUUAUAUAAUUGUUCACAUGUACAUCAACAGUGUUGACAUUAUAUAAGAAUGUAUGUGAAUUAUUAUCAUAACUGUUUAGGAUACAGCAUGUUCAAUUAGACCUGACAGAACUCCCUGCCAGUUGGUUUCUCCCAUUUAGUCCAAUUGACGGGAAGGCUGUAUAAAAGCGAGGGGAAAGGGAAACGCCAAGAGAGUCUGGAGUGAAGUCACCUGCAGAGAGGUUGUUGUUAUUUGAUUCAUUUUGUUCCUGUUUGGCCAUUACAAGUGUUUGUUUUUUCUGUUUUGCUGGAGACCAACGAAAGGUAAUAAAAUAGAAUAGUUAAUUGCAUCCCAGAGCGCGGCUUCUUUCUUGCCUGCACCUCAUUCCAACUCAAACCUCAGUGAGUCCUUGACACCACCAUCCUGUGUAGGCGUUGGCCUCAAAGGCGCUACGUCACAGAGAAAAACAACAAUAUCUCCCAUUUUGCUGUCUCUGCGAGAGCUGCAAACGCUCCUUGUGUAUGAUGCACGGAGAGCAGAAAUCCAUGCGUUGGUCAGGAGGACGGUCGCCCUCAAGAGCUGUUGGUGUGCGGGUUGCUGUAUCUCCUGAGGGAGCAGAGCUACACAUUGAACACUGCUUUCGGGCUCGAUGAAUCCAAUCCAACCGGCUGCAGUGUGGGGAAGAAAAGGCUCCAGGCAGGAAAUACAUCUGGGUGCCAAAAAGCAAAUGUAAUUAUUGCCUGUUGGUUUUCUGGGUGAAAACUGUUUUCUGUAUUUGUGUAUAAAUGUAAAGAAACGUAUAUGAGAUAUGAAUAAAGUACAUGUAUUCAACUGUUA